UGCCUCAAAAACAACAGAAAUGACAUCAUAACUUUCAUAAUGGAUUUAAUUGGUCAAAAGUGUGUACAUACUGUCCACAAAUUGAACAUAAACGUCGGGGUUGCUGACAAAAUUAUCCAGGAAAUGAAUUUCCAGAACAAUGGGCACAGGGCAGGUGCGCGUUUCGACAGAGUUAUCGUUCUUUGUUAUUUUCUGUCGAUUGAUCCUGCCAAACACAAUGUCGCGCAAUAAUGAUGUGUACAAAAAUCAAUAAAAACGCGUUUUAGACAUUCAGUACUCGGAAUCAGCAUCCAUUGAGCUAAAAAUCACUCAUCUCUUUACUUGUGUAUUUUGCGAUCGAUGUUUUCCCAUGAUGCAUUUCGCUGUAGCUGCCGCCAUCUUCAUAACUAUCGUAGCCCAGGGGAGCUAGGCGGGCUAAAGAAUUUCGGAUAAUUCCACCCGUUUCGUUCAACGUGCAUUGCCCCAAUUCGUCCCAAAAUGAGUCAGUAUAUACAGGUGGCUGAGGAUGAAGGCGAUGAGCCAAUGGAGGUCCCAGUGGAGGAGGAUGGAACGCUGUUGUUGACAACUUUGGCUGCACAGUUCCCUGGGUCGUGCGGUUUGAAGUACCGCAAUCCCGACAGCGGGAGUAUGAGGGGUAUUCGACUUUCUGACGGUCGUCUGUACCCUCCGGAUUGUGACUGGGGUCGAUAUGUAUUCAUUGCCGUUUUCCCAAAAGAAAACAAACGAAAGGUAGAAGAGCCAUGGGACAGCUUGCAGCUGAAGACGAAGCGUGUGGAGAAACAGCGAUGUAGUGACUUGAUUGUUCUGGGACUGCCAUGGAAGAGCACUGAGGAAGAUCUCCGCAAAUACUUUUCACAGUUUGGCGAUUUGCUGAUGGUCCAGGUCAAAAAGGACCCAAAGACAGGUCAGUCCAAAGGGUUUGGUUUUGUGAGGUUCGCUGAAUACGAGGCACAAGUGAAAUGUAUCUCUCAGAGACACAUGAUAGAUGGCCGCUGGUGUGAUGUCCGAAUACCAAACUCUAAGGUAGAUAUACAGAAUUGUUUUCUCCAGGAAGGAGCCCAGCUGAUGAUGAAUCGCAAAGUGUUCGUAGGGCGAUGCACGGAGGAUAUGACCGCCGACGACCUACGACUCCACUUCAGCCGUUUUGGAGAAGUCGUCGACGUCUUCAUUCCAAAGCCCUUCAGAGCAUUUGCAUUUGUUACAUUUGCUGAUCCCGAAGUGGCCCAAAACCUGUGUGGGGAAGACCACAUUAUCAAGGGAGCCAGUGUUCAUAUCAGUGGAGCCGCGCCAAAGAACAACGAGAAACACACAGAUCGACGGACAGGGCUCAACCACACCCCCUUUGGAUUCAACCAGGCAUAUCCCCCAGGUACUUGGGGUCACGCUGGCCGAGGGAACAGUCAAGGUCUCUCCUCCCAGGGCAACAGCAUGGGAACCAACUUGUCCAACAAUCUAGGCUUGGGCAAUUUAGGGCUUGGUGCACUGCAGUUAAACCACGCCAUGCUUGCAGCAGCUCAGGCUGUUUUGAGUAGCCAAGGGGGGUGGGGUCCUCUCGGUCUAACUAACCAGGGGGGUAGCGCAAGUAGUGGGGACAACCCCACACCCAACCAUGCCAGUGCCAACAGUAGCUUUGGCACAGUAGGGAAUGGGACAACCAGUAGUGGGAGUGGUGGGGGUUUCCUAGGUUGGGGAGGGUCCCAGGGCAGUGAUGGUCCCUCCCACAGUCCAGGGCAUGUUGGAGGGUGGGGAGCCCAGACAAAGGCAGGGACAGGGUGGAACUGAAGUGAGUAUAGGGCAGGCUGUAGCAGGGGGAAUGUUCAUGUGGUAGAGUAUUCUGUAACACAAUUAAAUUCGAUUGAGUUCUAUUGAGGGUCUUGGCUGGAAGAGGCGUGAAAUGUUGAGGACACAGAAACAGCAAUGAAAUGUGUAAUCUAUUUAAACCAAAAAUGCUUCUUUCGUUAUUGCUAAAUCAUUUUACAUUUUUCAGUCUAGAUCAUUAAAGUUGUAAAGGAGUGUCUGCAAACAUAACUUCUAGUCCAAAGCCUGUGUGUAGAAAUGUUUGUUUUGGCUGAUAACACUAACACAUACUCCUCAACAUUUGCCAAGGAUCACACCUUUACCUAAGCAGGACUAGUUUGGUCCUUAGGGAACGUUGAGUAGUAUACACUGAAAUUGAUGCCAAAGAGGUGUUUAAGCUGGCAGACUCCAUUGGUUUAUGGUAGAGACUGAAAAUAUACUGACAUACUAUGAAGGCAAAGUGAGGUCUUCCCACACAGAUUGAAUAAGUGUUUGAUUCUGUUACUGAAUAUUUUACGUCAAAUUAACUCCACUCUGUUACAUGUGAGCAUGCUAGGUAAUGUGUGGUGUGAAAGUUUGGCAUCAAGCACGGACAUCAUGCAUGAGUGGGACAUCAGAAAUCUCAAGUGCAAAGUUCUUAGUUGAAGAACGAACAUCAUGCAUGAGUGAGACAUUAGAAAAUCACCCAGUCCACCUCCAUUUUAGUUAAUGGCUUCUUGCCCAGUGCCACUGUCAACCUUGGUAUUUUCAUGCACAAGACGAUGUACUUGUUGCAGUGCGAAGGGUUUUACUUGUGAGUAUUUGAUAAGUGCUAACAUUCAUGUUUUAGUUACAAAUAUUUGUGCACUUUUCAACAACAUAACCACUGUUUGCCCAUAAUGGUUUACAAACUGUUUUUUGACAAGGUGAAAGAUUGUUGUUUUAAAUUAGAUUUGUGUAGGUUAUUGUUGAUGUAUACUCUAUACAUCUUUGCCAAACUAUAUUGAAGAGAGUUAACGAUUGUUGAAAUUGAAACUGCUUCCACUUUGGGUUCAAGUCAUGACACAACUUAAAGUGAAAAAUUAAUAUCAUUAUGAUUUACACCAAUCAAGUGGUGACAAAUUUUUGAAACCAUCAUGACAUGUUCAUUCUGAAGUUGGCAGCAGUUCUCACUGAUUACAAUUACCUUCCUGUUUAGUGCUCGCAACAACGUGUAGAGGACUAGUUCCUGAAACUGUAAGCUCCUUGCCCUGUAUUUGACACUCUUUGAGCCAUUCACAACACAACAGCAUGUGUAAAUGGGAGUUUUGAAUGAUGUCAUUUCAAGAGAACAAAGUGUUGAUUUGCCAGAACUGUGCAUUGACUGAAGGUCCUUCUUGUGUACAUCUUAGCAAUUUCGAUGAUGCAAAGAUUUGAUGAAAUGUUUGAGGUGUUUUGAUAUUCUGAUAUUGUUUUGGACCUGGUGUGAGUGAACUUACUCCCUCAAACAAAUGUGAAUAUUAUAGCCAAAAUGUGGAAGAAUUUUAAGAAUUCUAUUUUUGAAAUCAUGAAUGUAAAUGCAUGAAAGUCACUUUUAAUUGUGCAUACUUAUCAAAUUUGACAGUGCACUUCGUACAUCAUGCUUCUCAAUAUUUUAUUAAGUUUGAUAAUGAGAGCAGUGUUUUAGCGGUGAGUGGAUUUGAGACAGUGUUUGGUGAUAAUUUGUGCAAACAUUUUGGUAUUUGAGGCAGCAAGGUCUUGGCUUCUCUUGAGUGAUUGGUCCAAUAGGAUAUUGGUGCUUGAGUGUCCUGAGGCUAGCUACGUGCUUGCAUAUAUGCGUUCAUAACAUUUUUAUAUGAAUUUAACCGAAACAGGUGACCAAGUGUUGUUUGGAUUGAAUUGUAAUGCGUUUUUUGAGAGUGUUCUACAAUGUUAAAGAGUGGGGGUGCUUUUUCGUUACCAUGGUUACUGUUUGAUUUGCAGGUCUCUGAGUGUAUUAUAUGUUUUCAACUGGUUUGAAAAUAAAGCACCCCAACAAUUUAUUAUUAUUAAAACCAUAUUUUUUUAUUUUAUAAACUACAUCUACCAACCUUUCACAGUAGCACACAGCCCUGAGUGCAUAAUAAUUGUGUAGUAGUCUCAUUUUAAACAUAUGAAUGGAUUGUCUGGCUGGAGGGUGUCGUACGAGUGAUCAAUGGUUUCACAGCUUCCCUAAUGAUUCAGCUGAACACUUUUCAGAAAUAUGACAACGCAUGACACGAGUUGUAAGAAUCUAUGUGGUGAAUUUGUUCUUUGAAUGAUAUUGUUUCGUCUAUUAUCAAUAACUGUCUCACAUUGCUGUUCAAUUGAUCAAAAUAUGAAUCCUGUUGAAAGGGAAGUUGUGAAACAAUUCAUGUCCUCAGUAGUGUCGUGGUUACCAAAUUUUCAGCCAAGUUUGUCAAGGUUCAUACAGGCUUGAAAAGUCCUUGAAUUUAAAAGUCCCUAUUGAAAAGCCUUGAUUUUUUAAUGUCAACUUUGAAAAGUCUUGAAAAUGACCACAAUGGCUUAUAAAGCCUUGAAUUUAUAUAAAAUGAUACAUACUUGUCAACAAGAGUAUUAGCACUGUUCAUAGUGCUAUUUAUGUCAGAAUUUGUUAUUUGAUAAUAAAAUUCAAAACACUGAAAAUAAGUUACAGUUGUGAACACUGAAUUCAAAUUUGAUCACUAAUUGAUUUGGUCUUAAAUAUCAAGUUAUUGACUUACUGAAUGUAAAACAAUUACGACGAUCAUAGAGGUGUGGUUUUUUAAACUUGGAAUUUCUCCUCUCCCCCCCUCCUAUAUCGACAUAAGUGUGACGAGUGGCGUUAAAACGAUACCCAGUCAUACUGUACAAUAUGAUGUCCUUGGUGUAAGGUUGAACUGUGGUGAAUUAAGAAUGAAGGUAAACUUGGCUGGAUUUGUGUUGACAUAAGUGUGGUGUGUGUGAUCAUCCAGUUUCCUAGCUGACUAUAUGUUAACUUGGAGUGCUUCAGUCUGCAUUAUUUUACAUCAGGAAAACAUUGCAUGAGAAAGUCCUUACAGUAUUGUAUUGCAUUUGAGAACAAACUGAAGCCAAUGUGGGAAGCUGAAAGAUAAUCUCUGAUUGUUGGUAUUUAAGAGUUGAGCUGUUUGGAGUUAUCAAAUUUUAUCCACACACCACUCUUAGCGUGUGUGUUAAGUUUGUGAGAUGGUAUGUCAUCCUCAUUUAGAGCAGGUGCACAGCACAACUGGGCCCUGGUUGAGGAUAAUAGAUGACUAUUUUAAUACUGCUGGGAAAAGGCUGUUCACCUCUAUAUUGAAACAACUGCCAGUAUUUGCUGUCGAUUGUGGUUUAAAGAUGUGUGGAUGGUGUUUUGGAUAUCUCAGCAGGAUUUUCUCUAUUUCUAUUUAUAUUUUAGCAUGCAUGAAUUCUCAUAAAUGUACUUACUUGUUAUUUAUUGUAUAUAGUUGUUGAUGUGGUUCCCACUGUUAUGUGUUACUGAUGUGUGUGGUUAUGAAUAAGACACUCACAAACAUGGGAGAAAGGUGACUCCAUCAAUGGGUGCUCUCAAAGGCUGGCUUGUUCGAUGAGGCAAUACAUUUCCACUGCAACCAGAGUAAUGUUCUGAUGGCAAUGUACCAUGGAAACUCAUGAAGUACACUCAAUCCAGUUGGAAAUAUAAAGUCAGGAGACGCAAUCAUCUUCAACUUGUCAUUUGGUCACAUUUGGACAAAAGUCAGUUAAAAUUUCCUCUUCAUUCUGAAAUUAAAAUUAAUCUGUUUAUGGAAUAAUAUUUUUUUAUAGAUUAUGAAAUAUUUAAUACAGUAAAUACUUUUAUAACGAACACGGAUAUAAUGAACUGACGGCUUUAGCGAAUGUUUUAAAAGUCCCGAAUAAAAACCUUAUAUUAUCAUAUAAAAAAGUGAAUAGCGAACUACGGAUGUAACAAUCUAAUUUCAGUGGUCCCUUAGAGUUUUUUAUUAAGGUAUUUUACUGUAUAAAUUUUGUUAUAUAUGCUAAUCUUCAUUAAUACAUUCUUCCCAUUGUUAAAUAUGCACAUAUUUGGGUUAAAGCAAUUUUAAUACGAAAAUAUUUGCUCUUGCUGUUAUUGUUGUGCAUCUUAUUUACAAUUUAGGUUUUAAGAGAUUUUAGUUGAAGAAAAAGAUUGCAACACUAAAUGUUGACCUGAAUUGUUAUCUGUGUGAAGGGUGGGCUUUAUGCCUUGGGAGUUAGCUAAGGAAUGGAAUGUAUCACUUCAAGGACUUAAGGCAACCUUUGAAGUACCACUGUCUGUUGACUCAUUGCACUUUAGCCUACAUUUCAUAUUUAUUGCUGCUGAUUUUACGGUGUACCAUGCAGAGUGAGGUCUGGGUGUGCAGUAGUGAUUUGUUGGUGUAUAUCUUAUGUUGGGAAUGAGAGAAAAAAGACUAUACUUCAAGAUGACUUCAAAUUGGUACCUGGAUCCAUAAUUCUAUAAUCUUCAAAUUGGUACCUGGAUCCGUAAUUCUACACAUCUUUAAGUUGGUACCUGGAUCCGUAAUUCUAAACAUCUUCAUGUUAGUAUCUUAGUUUUGUAACUUCUAAAUUGCUUCAAAUUGGCCUACAGGUUUUUAAUUUCAAAACUGCUUGUUGUAAGAUCAAAGUGUUAUAUUUUUUUUUGUUAAUGAAAAAAGUAGCCUGAAAGUGUUUUACAGUUUAAAGAUAGUUGAUGCCAUAUGCCAUUCAUUCAUGAGAGUACCGAGGUUAAUACUCCUUAUUGACAAUAAUGUAAAUUCCUGGUUAGGAGGAAGAGAUCCUUAAGUUUUCCAUUUGAUCCUGGCCCAAUAACUCUAUGAAGCCGUAGCAAUUAAAAUUAUGGAUAAACAACUAUCAUUCAUUCAGUGUUUUAGGAGAAUGAAUCACAUAUCACUCAACCUGAAACUGAGAUUUGGCAAGCAUGUCUUCUAAUGUAGAUCAGUCAGGUACCAAUCUGUCAAGACUACUGAAGUCUGGAUUUUUUUUCUCUCUACUGUGGUCCAUCUAUUAAGUUUCACUUAGGACAACAUGCUCAAAGCAACUUUGAUGUGAGCUGAGACCAAACAAAUUAUCUCUGAAAUCACCUCAUGCUGUGGUUGUUCUGAGUAGAGUUACCUCCCUUAUAUCUGGUGCACAAACCCGGUGAGCGUGCGUGUUGCCUUAUUUGCAAAAAUGGAUCUUGCUUUGAUCAUUUAAAGCUCAUCUGAGGUUCUGCUGGAACACCAAGCAUGUGUAAUGGCAGGAUUGUUGGUACAGUUGUAAUUUGUUUGAUGUUUUUGAGGAACCUGUUACAAGUAUGUUACAAGAUGAAAUGAGAUGGUGUCAUUGCUCCUCAUCAUUAGUGUCUCUGUUCACUAUAUUAGUGGAUUCUGAAAAAUGUCAACAUAUUUCUCGAUGUGAACCAGAUUUGUUUUUGUUUCUGUAAUUUCUAGAAAGAAAGUCUGUUUCAAGCUUGUCAUGAACUUUGCCCUAAUCUGUUGUUUUACAUGAUAUUUAACUCUCUUUUUUUAUUGUUUUUGCAUGUAUGGCAUGAUACCACUUGUUAAAACUACUAAUAGUAAACCAGAAAACUUGUGGGAGCAUGUUGUCCUUGGUGGUGUUAGAGGGAAGGUAUACUUGGAAAGGGAGAGAACUCGGUUGUCUCCCUGUGCAGUAGAUGUGUCUGUUCCUUGAAUCUCUUGUAGUGCUGUCAUUAGAUAGUCAGAGCUCGGUCUUCACAGUUGACCAUGUCUGCUUUCAUGAUUGAGGUUGGUUUCUAUUUCCUUAUUUUUAACAGCUUCAAGAUUGAAUAAUCGUGCAAAAAUGCCAAAAGAUAUUUUUGUGUUACUUUUUGCGUAACCUGGUAACAUUUUAAGAAUACACGGGAAAGUAUUUUCAGAGAUUAUACAUGAUAAUUUCUACCAUUUUGGAGCUAUUCUCAUCAAGGGACAUUAAUCUUGGUCGAAAUUGGUGAAAGCAGACAUGUUUUGGGAGGAUAUGAGUUGUCUACUCCUGUUUGUUACAAAACCCAACCGGGUUCUUGUAGUGAGUUUCCAUUGUCGUGACACGGUGUGCAGUCUUCAGAAGAUGAGCCAUCUUGUACGAGGGUCGGUGUCAUCCUGCUAUGUGCAAGGCCCUGCACCACAGUGGUCAGAAUGGACAGUGGUAUCCAUGUUUGGUUUGUAGUCCCUGUAGUAACAGUGUAAGUCCCCUCUACCUGUCUUCCAAUACUACUGAUAAAAUAGAACAGAAUUGUCUACUUCGGCUUUGAUGACCUUUAAGAAACUUGGACUAAUGUUUCUCACCAGUUCUCUCAAUGGCUUGAUUCCCUGACUUUGCAAUUAACAUCAUGUUUCCAUGGCAAUGCCGAAGGUAACUGUUUCAUUUCCCUUCUAUUCUCAUUGUCGCAAAUAUUUGUCUCAGAGGUAAGCUUGCAAGUUUUGGUUAUGUCAACAAGUGUCAUAAUUCAACUAACCAAUUCUGGUUUGAAAGACUAUUUAUUAUGUAGAUAAUUUUUCUGAUAUUUAGGCACGAGUGUCGUAAACAUAGUAUGACAUGGGCACGAAUAUAAUAUUCUGUUUAUUACCGAAGUCGUCAAAUUGAGGAAAAUAACCCAUAUCUACUUUCAAACAUAGGCUGGCUACCUGCCGUCGCCGCAUGUAGAGUGCAACGUCACAAAAGAAACGUUACGUCAUAGCAUUGUUCAUGAUGUCACGUCACCCUGACAAAGUGAUAUUUUGCCCUAGGGCAUCGUAUGAAAAAUAUGAACACCGAUAUGUUCGCGCCCUCGUAGGUAAUAAAUCACAUUACGAUAUGACUGAUCUACUGUUCAAGGCAGUGUUGACAGUGGUUUAACACCUACUCAAAUUGACCAAAAUCCAGUUUCUUCCUUCACAAUUCUAGUUAUUGCAAAUGAUGGUGAUACAAGCCUUUGAGAUGUUUCCCAUAUAACCAAGGUUUCAAUGUCAGGGAAUUGACAUGAGAAUAACCCUACCCUGAUAUUCUCUAAUCUUUUAUGUUUGACCAUACACCAUAGUACUGUGUUUUGUGUGAGAAGGAACGAGAGACAGGCAGAAGACUAUUCACCUAUAAUAUUGAUGUUAUUUGUAAAUUCAGUGCCUAUCUAUUUUCUUGAGAUGAAGUGAUGGUUUAGUAUGUUUGUUUCAUGUAGAUCGUGUUACUCUGCAGAACAUAAGGAACUUGAGUGUUAUUUUCUAGGGGUGUAACGAUUCAUCAAGACAGAACAUGUUCAACUCAUGUUCAACUCAUUCUUUAUACAAAUAGUUGUUUUCUUACUUCAAAGAGAAUAAAAACCUUUGUUUCCA